GUGUGUGCGCUCAGCUGCAGGCGCUCUCACAGAAAUGACUCCCGUCCCUCUGCGCCUCAGACACAGUGGACUCAUCUGAGGAAUCAAAGUGGAGAACUACUGAAACUGAAUGUGGACCUUUUACUCUUUCAUCAGGGUUUUUACAUUCCUAAAAGUGCAGCAGUUCCGUUUUCUACAGCUGUUGAAGUGCGCUGAAGCCCCAUCCCCGUGCACAAUGAGUGUGUGUGCCUGCAGCGCUUCAUACCUGUGGAGGUGGCUGCUGAAGGCUCUGCUUUUCUUGGCUGCUGUGCUGCCGACGAGCGGUGACUGCCCCAAAUCAUGCGCCUGCUAUGUUCCCACUGAAGUGCACUGCACCUUCAGAUACCUGACCGCAAUACCUGACCACAUCCAGCCAGCUGUGGAAAGAAUUAACCUCGGGUACAACAGUAUAACUGUCUUGAGAGAAAAUGAUCUUUCAGGACUUGAGAAUUUAGAGCUCUUGAUGCUGCAUAGCAACACUAUCCACAGUAUUAAAGACAGAGCCUUCCAAGACCUCAAGUCCUUACAGGUUCUGAAGAUGUCCUUUAAUAAAGUAAAGAAAAUCAACAAAGAGACGUUCAAAGGCCUGGACAGUCUGCUGAGACUCCACAUGGACCACAACCACAUUGAGUUCAUCAGCCCAGAGGCUUUCUAUGGCCUAACCAACCUACAGUUGGUCCAUCUUGAGGGUAACCACCUCCAGCAACUCCACCCAGACACAUUCAUCACACUGAGACACAGCCAGGUGUUCAAGGUGUCCUCAGUAAGAAACAUCCACCUGUCAGACAACCUCCUCACCACUCUGCCUGCAGAUAUUUUCUCAGGCUGCAGCCGGUUAGAGAACCUCUUCCUUCAUGGCAACCCAUGGAUAUGUGAUUGCCGUAUGAAGUGGUUCUCAGUGUGGGCACAGAGGAACACAGGGGUGCUGAAAUGCAAGCGAGACAGGAGAUAUCCGAGAGGCCAGCUGUGUCCUGUUUGUGAAAAUCCUGCCCCUUACCACAACGGACCUCUGUCCCUUCUCCCCAGUGAUGCCUUCACUUGUACCAAACCCUGGAUCCAACCUCAUCUAAAGCAGAAAAACAUCAGCCUGGAUGAGGGGGACUUUACUCCAGUUUCCCCCAAGGACUUCAUUGCCCCAUUAGGCUCCAUACAUAUAAACCUGACUGACCAGUUUCACAGUGAUGCCAGUCUAUCCUGCACUGUCCAGAGGCCCUCUACUUUUGAGAACCUGAAACAAACCUUGGAGGAGGAGGAGGGAAACAAUGUCACCAUGAUUACCGCUGGCAUAAUUACAUAUUUGGUGUGUAACAUUGACUAUGAACAUAUACAGCAGCUCUGGCAGAUCCUGGCCACCUACAGUGACUCUCCCAUGAGACUGGAGAGAGGCUUAAUGCUGUCCAGAAGCCCAGAAAUGGUGUACCGGUAUAAUCAGAUGAAAACAAAGGUGGGAGAGGAAGGAAUUCACACAAACAUUGAGGCUGACAUUAAAGCUUCCCCUGCAUGGUUGAUGCAGGGAGAAGUGAACUUUCAGCUUGACCGCACUACUACCACUUUCUCUACUCUGCACAUUAAGUACCAGUCUGUGGUCAACUUACGUGUGGAAAACACAUCACCUAAGAGGGACCGCUAUUCCUGGACCAUGAUCAAGCGAGAUAAUCAAACCAAGACUGAGUACACUGUACUUACAGGUGGUAUGGCACAGUUGAACUGUCAAAUCCAGGGUGAGCCAAAGCCUUUGUUGGAGUGGAUUUUACCUGACGGAAGUAAGGUCAGAGCUCCUUACUCCAGUGAGGACAGGAGAAUCAUAAUCACUGCUGAAGGGAAGCUCACGCUACGGGUUGCAGAUGCCUCCGACACAGGCCUCUACCGGUGCAUUGCCACAAACUACCUGGAUGCAGAUAUCCUCAUCUUUCGAGUGACAGUUCUGUCCCCUGAUGUGGAAGAAGUGGAGGUCAACGGUGUCCAAUUCUCACGGCAACUGGGUGAAAAUCUGGUUUUUGACUGUAGCUCCACAGGGAGUCCUGAGGCCUCGGUCCAGUGGAUACUCCCUGACCACUCAGUACUGGACAAGUCUCAUGGGAACAGGAAAGUGUAUGAGAAUGGAACCUUGCUGAUCCAGGGUCUCACAGCGAGGGACAGAGGGUUUUAUAGGUGUCUGGUUGCUAAUCACCUGGGAGUUGACCUGCUCGUGUCUCAGGUGACCGUGACUGAAGAAAGAUCUAAGACAGUAACAUUUUUGAACAAUGAGGGAUCAGGGAUGGAAAUGGAGGACAAGGUUGACCCUAGUUUGACUGAAAACACAGUCAUCCUAAAUGAGAUCCCCUCUUCCAGUCCCUCUGACAGAACUAGUCAGGAAUCCAGAACCAUCACCUCAGAUCGGCCUUACCCCAGACACAGGUCACAGGGUAGAGGAGGAGCUGGAGAUAGACUGGGACAGAAAGAGAGGAGGGGGCCAGUCAGCAACAGACGCAUCUGGAGUAGUAGGGUCUUUGGUAAAGCUUCCAGGAAAGUGGACCCAAAGAAAUUUGCUGAAUUUAUGAAAAAGGCUCGAGAUGGCUCAAGAAUGAAAACUGACACAGAGAAAGAAAGUGUAAAAUAUGAAGACUCAAACAUUGGUCUUUCUGGUUAUGGUGAAAUUGGCUCUGGUGAGGAUCAUAAUGAAGAUCAUCUCAUCAUUGUGCCAAGGAUAGUCAAACCAACUACAGAUAAUCCACAGAAAGGUAGAACAUUUGGGCAAGAGAACAGGCAGCCUGACACUAUAAUAUCCACACAAACAGGUCAGGGUAGUAAUGUAGUAACAGGGGCACAUCAAACUGUUGGCAUGGAAACCACAGUCAGCAAUCACAUUGAUUUAAGUCAAGUGACAGAAAAUACAAACACACCAACAACAGAGUCAUACAUGCAGUCAGAUUCUACACCAAACAAGUCCACAUUCAUACAUAAUCCAAAAGAAAGGAGUGAAAGUCAGAAUGAUGCAGUUACAACUUAUAACACAAUUUCACACAACACAGGCCUUUCUAAUUUUGGUGAGACCACUGAAUUUUAUGCCCUGGAAAAAACUACAAACAGGCACCCAGUCACUCUCCAACUUACUGUGACAGACACGACCCAAGAAACUCAGCUCCAGUUCUCAGGCGAACAACCAGCAGAGCCAGAGACAUCCACUGGGGCGGCGCUCUCAUUUACCACAGACCCUAAUGUCACUCCAAUGAGGGAUGGCCCAGGCCCAGUGGAGCUAGUCGUUCACACAUCCACAGACCCAGAAAGCCAGACGACUUUCACAGCCAUCACCACCACAGAGAGACAGCAAGAUGAGAUAACCUUCCACACCACCCAAACAAUCAAAUCCCCACGCCUGCCUGCAGGAUCCACCAUCAUCUCCCAGCAGCAGAUCCAUAUCAUCCCACACAAGAGCAGCAGAGGAGGGGGGCGCAGGAGGACCUUCCAAGGCCGCAGGAGGAUCAUUAAACCCAACAGGAUCACUGACAUACAGUCCCUCAUCAAUAAACUUAAACAACCCUCAGUGAAGAAGGAAGGGAAUGCCACAGUGCCAUAUAGAAUUGAACUGACCACAGACUCUGACUGUGAUGAAGACAAAAAGAAGACAGCACCCACUGAUCUGCAGUUGGUCACACCAACAGGUUCCUCCAGUUCAUCUUUACACAGAACAGAGAGACCUGCCUCAACACAGAAACCUGCAGCUUCGAACACAAACGAUUACAUAACUUCAAAUGCCCCCUUCACCCAUAACGAGUCUAGGCCAGAGGUUUCCAGUGGCUACAUAACCUCUGCUGAUGCCCCUGAGUUUGACCCUACAUUCGAUCCAUUUUUUACCACAAAUAAAGAACCGUCAAUCUCCACCGCGGCUACUACAACUACAACUGCCUCUAAGGUUAUUCGUGGAAGAAUUCCGUGGAACAGGCUGUUUGGAGGCAGAGAAAGAGAAAAGAUACUGGACAGGCUAAGGAGGCCAUUUAUCACCCAAAAAACCUCAACUACAGCUCAAACUACAACAGUGACCCUAACCACAACUCCUGCUGCUAUGCCCACCACCACCGCAAACUCACUGACUGAACCUGAGACUCUGUCUCCAUCCAGACACACAGGGAACAAAGAGGGCUCAUUAGAUGAUGACUAUGGAGAUUUGUCCUCUCCAGAUUUUGAGUUCACAACAUCGGGACCCAGCUUUCACCAUCUAACUACUACCAACCCAUCCUAUUACUCCAAGUCUGCCACCACUGCUGAAAUACCACCAGAAUCACAGACUCUACCUUCCCCACCCACUGUCAAACCACCUUUAAGGGAAAAUCCUGAUGAAACCAUAUCAUCUGGGUCUGGGGGACUACCUGAUAAUUGGUAUGUAAUCAGACAGAAACCUGGUGGGACAAGAGGACGGCAAGGACGGAGGAGGAGGCCCUUUAGGGGCAGGAGACCCUUCAAGAAACCUGCAAUCAUUAAAUUACACUCUGCUACCACAACUGAGGCUUUAACUACAGUGGUAACAACUAUGGAAACUACAAUGGAGACAACCUCACUACCACAACGAGCUGUUUCACUCUACAAGCCCCUGAACACACCAUCUAGGAAAGAAGAUAGAACCGCAAUAGCUGUUUCCACUGACCAAACGUCAAAGGAGGAGACUGACUUAUAUGAGAAAUUUGACUGGAGCACAUCUAGCAGUUUACCAGCCUAUACUACAACCAAGAUACCUUUGAUCCCCUCAACCACAUUAACCCCCACUACCACAUUCAUGCCAACUACCACAAAAGGGCCUUACACAACAGCUCGGACCAGAGUCCAGAGUAACAUCAGACCGCCAACACAGAGGAACAAUAGUCACACCACUCGUAGACCGCCAAUGAGGAGAAUCAGACCAACUGUGCAGAGCAGUGAUGCCAGAGACAAUGCAGAUAAACACUUUACCUUUGACACAAUGACCAUCCUUACAGCUGAGCAAGGAUACACCAACAGCCCUGCCCCAUACAACAACAUAGAAACACACAAUGCCAUCUCUAGUGUUUAUAAUUAUGUCACUGGCAAUGAAGUUACAAGUGCCAAUAUUGCUGGCUCUGAACCCACUACAAAGGUUAUGACAACAAAACCUAAGAUAGUUGGGGGCAAUGCAGCCAGCUUUACCGUGUUAUCCAACUCAGAUGCUUUCCUGCCUUGUGAGGCUGUUGGAAACCCUCAGCCAGCCAUAACCUGGAAACGCUUCUCCUCAAGCACAGGAAGCACCGUUACCAUUAUGGGGAGGAUGGGCAAGUUUGAGGUGUUGAGCAAUGGCACGCUGUUGAUCCAGAAUGCCAACAUUAGGGACCGUGGCCAGUACCUCUGUCUAGCUGAGAAUGAUCAUGGAUCAGAUAAACUUCUUGUUACCCUCUCUGUGGUGGCCUACCCCUCACGCAUCCUGGAGCCAAAAAUGCGUGAGAUAAAGUCUCAUGCAGGAAACACUGUGGAGAUGAAAUGUAAUGCAGAGGGUCGGCCCACACCCAUGAUAUCCUGGAUCCUGGCCAACCGAACCCAGGUCAGGGGUCAAAACAUACAGAAGGGAAGGGUAUCAGUAUCUGCUGAAGGGACUCUGGUCAUUGAGCAGGUGUCUGUUUAUGACAGAGGUCAUUACAAAUGCAUCGCCAGUAACCCAGCUGGAGCUGAUACUGCUACAGUCCGACUGCAGGUGGUGGCAGCUCCCCCAGGCAUCGUGGAGGAGAAACGGCAGCAGGUGAAAGCUGGUGUAAGCAACAACUUGUGGCUACCCUGUACUGGCCAAGGCAGCCCUCAGCCUACUAUUCACUGGGUCAUCCAUGACGGGUCAAUGGUACGAUCUAACAGACCUAUCAGUACCACGCGGAUAUCAGUGUAUGUGAAUGGAACCCUACACAUUAAGGAUGUAACUCCAGCAGACAGCGGGAAAUAUGAAUGUAUUGCAACCAGCUCUACUGGCUCAGAGAGAAGGGUGGUGACUCUAACAGUAGAGAGGCAGGAGUCUGCACCUCAAAUAGUAGAAACAUCCCAGCGCAUGACAGAGAUGUUCUUUGGGGACCAGCUGAGACUAAACUGCUUAGCUACAGGAGAUCCUAAACCCAGGAUCAUCUGGAGGCUGCCCUCUAAAGCUGUGGUGGACCAGUGGCACAGGAUGGGCAGCAGAAUUCAGGUCCUGGAUAAUGGUACUCUUAUUGUUAGCAGUGUGAGUGAUAAAGAUGCUGGAGACUAUCUCUGUGUGGCACGAAACAAAAUUGGUGAUGAUCUCCAACUCAUGAGGGUCAGUGUGUCAAUGAAGCCAGCCAAGAUAGAGCCUAAGCUCUAUGGAAAGAAGCAGGUACCGUAUGGUAAUGACUUUAAAGUCGACUGUAAAGCCUCAGGAGCACCAAAGCCAGAGAUCUCCUGGGGUCUACCAGAUGGUACAGUGGUCAACAGCGCUCUUCAGUCUGAUGCCAGCAGUGGAGGAGGACGAGCAAGGCGCUAUACUCUUUUUGACAAUGGAACGCUCUACCUAAACCAGGUUGGUAUGUCAGAGGAAGGGGACUACACCUGCUAUGCGGAGAACCAGGUGGGCAAGGAUGAGAUGCAUGUACAUAUCAGCGUGGUGACCGCUGCCCCCAGGAUACGUCCACCCAGCCAGACCUAUGCCAGGGUGACGCCUGGAGGGAACAUCCGCUUUGACUGUGAAGCACUUGGGGAACCCAAACCCAAGAUCCUGUGGAUGCUCCCCACCAACGAUGUAAUUGCAGCAUCUAAUGAACGUUACCUAAUGCAUGUCAAUGGCUCUCUGGAUAUCAGGGAUGUGAAACUUAUCAAUGCUGGGGAGUAUGUUUGUAUAGCUCGCAACCCUGCUGGAGAAAAUAGAAAAGUCUACAAGCUCGAUAUAGAUGGGAAUCCACCAGUGAUCAAUGGCUACCGGCAAAACAGGACUGUAAUCAAAGAUGUAGCUGCUAAAUUUUCCAGGAAAUUAAUAGACUGUAAGGCUGAGGGUGAUCCCACUCCUAGUAUCACUUGGAUUAUGCCUGAUAACAUCUUUCUGACAGCACCAUACUUUGGCAGCAGGAUUAAGGUCCACCAUAAUGGGACAUUAGAGUUUCGUAACGUGCGGCCAACUGAUACAGCAGAGUUUAUUUGCAUGGCGAGAAAUGACGGUGGCGAGGCAGUAAUGGUAGUGCAGCUGGAGGUGACCAGUAUGCUCCGAAGGCCGAUCUUCAAGAACCCCUUCAACGAACGUAUUGUGUCUCAGAUUGGGAAAACCACAGUUCUGAACUGCUCUGCUGAUGGACACCCAAUGCCAGAGAUCAUUUGGACUUUGCCUAAUGGAACACAGUUUACUGGUGAACUUGACCAUGGCUCUCACCACCACCUAGGUAAUGAUGGGACUUUAGUAAUCUACAACCCUCGCAAAGAGGAUGCUGGGAAGUACCGCUGUGGUGCCAGGAAUUCCAUGGGCUACAUAGAGAAGCUAAUAAUUUUGGAUGUUGGGCAGAAGCCUUACAUCCUGACAAGGCCUAAGGGCAUCAUACGCAGUGUGUCUGGAGAACCUCUCUUCCUUCACUGUCUAUCUGAUGGAAGUCCCAGACCCAGAAUCUACUGGACCAUUCCCAGUGGCCACACUCUUACUCUGCCUCAAGUCCUCGGGCGCUACCAGUUACUAGUGAAUGGUACUUUGGUUAUUCACGAUACCACUCUCAACGACAGAGGGAACUACAUCUGCAGAGCUCGGAACAAUGCUGGGGAGGCUGUGCUCACUGUCCCUGUUAUUAUCAUCGCCUACCCUCCACGGAUUACAACAGGACCACCUCCUAGUGUGAAGGCAGUGACCGGGACACCUAUUCAGCUCAACUGUGCCGCCAUUGGGAUGCCCAAGCCAGAGAUCACCUGGGAGCUGCCUGAUCAUUCAGUUCUGUCAGCGGCAGAACAGGGUCGGCCUAUGGGUAGCGAACUGCUCCACCCUCAGGGCACACUUAUCAUUCAGAGGCCCACAGCCUCAGACUCUGGCACAUAUAAGUGCCUGGCCAAGAAUCACCUGGGUACAGACUCAAAGGCCACAUAUGUAUACGUACUGUGAGAAAAAGACAAGACUGAGGGAGGACAGUGGUAUAUCCAAAUGUAACCAUUAACAGACACACAGUCACUUGUGUCUGGGAGGUACGGUACAUGUUUUCUCACAUGCAGAUUUGUGAGGACCACGGCUUGUGGAAUUUUAUUAAUAAAGUGACAAAUGUGGAUUAAAAAAAUAAACAGAGCACAAGAAGAGAAGGGAAAAAAUGUUUUUUAACUAGAAAACCCAGCCUGGAGCUAGAAAGUUGUUAUUGGAACUUUGGAACUGGGGGUCUGGAAAUUCAUAGGUGGUUCUCAUUUGGGGUGGUUCUCAUGGGAGCCAGUGAGUAGAGUCAAACCACAAGUGAUUUCUCUGACCAGGCGUUGCUGGCCGCACAUAGGAUACUAUUACAGCACAUACAGACAUUCUAUACAGAGAGGGAUAAAAAAAAAUUGUGCAGAAGAUUGAAAGAAAGAAAAAAAGGUCCCCAAGAGGGUUUUAAUUCCCUUUAGAUAUUGGCCAAAAGCUGUUGCUGUCAAGACGUGUUGCUUUGUGCUUUAACAGCAAAUGAAAAAAACAGCAGGCAGAGUAUAUAGUAAAAUAUCUUUCAAGAGCAAUUUAUAAAAAUUGGAAGAAAAUAGGUUUAUUCAAAAAAUAUAUGAGGCUUCUUUUACACUGGAUGCAUAUCUGCAUGGACAGGGCAGUGCUUUCAUACCAGAAUUACGUCAGAUUUCUUUAUUAUACUUUUUAUAUUUUGAUGACAGUUUAAAGCAGAUUUCUUUAUGUCUAUCAGCAGUGAAGUUCAUUGGUCAAAACAUGCAAAAACUAUCAGUCUAUUGUGUUGUACACAAGAAUUUAUAGUAAUGUUAUACAUUAUGCUAAUCUGUAAUGAUACAGUAUGUAUAUCUAUUUGUAGUAUCUACUUUAUCAAAGUAUGGGAGAACAAAUUUAAUUAAAAAGUAAAGCUGGUUCAUGUCUUUUUAAUGUUUUUAUUGUACUAUUUGGUACACCAAAAUCUUUUAAAUGAGACAUGUAUUAUGUUUAUUAAAUACAUUAUUUCACUGUUGAAGGUACACAGAAUUGGCUGUUAGUACCAGUAGGCUAUUAUGAUGCUGUUGCAAUGAAGGUCAUUAGAAUUAUCCAGUUGUACCUCACCCUACAGGAGGAGGUCAUGGGUCUGGCUGCAGUAGAAAUCUGCCAGACACACAGUUUUAACUCUCCAGCUGUGAAAAUAGUUCUUCACCCAGGUCGUCAAAGAGCAACCCACAGGGCAGCCUUUGAUUUUAGUUUGUAAUUGUGUGCUGAUUUUACUGCCCUCCUGCAAAUUAAACUGAGAGAUGAAGGAGGAUGUUGAGACAGAAAAGGGGAACAAAGUCAUAUAUUUUUAAAAUGUGAAUGUGAAUCUGUAUGUAAUUAAUUUGAUGUAAUAUUUCUGUUUCCAAAGUUAUAAUCUAAGAAAGGAUAGAACUAUAUUACAUGCAACACAAAAAGUUAAAUGAAUAAUUGUGAAUUCAUGUCCUUGAGAGAUGGUAAGAUUGAGAUGGUCUACUAUAUAGUGAUGGUUGCUCUCUAACCACACUUCUUUGGCGACUGUCUGCAGAGUUACAUUCUUUUUUUUGUGUUCCUAAAGAAAUGGUUUCAAGUAAUUUCUAAGGGUAUUAAGACAAAUACCCUAUGCCUUAAGGACAACAACUGGAAACAAUUUCUCAUUAAAUUGCACCAAUUGUAAACAGCCUAUAAUGAAGCACAUUUAAAAUAGGCUAAAACGUCCUUUUUGCAAGGUCUCAUAAAUAAUUCUGUGACUUGUACUGAGGUAUGUUUUUUUAUACUAAUCAGGAAAACAAGAGAGAAAACUGAAAAACUACAUAGGAUAAAGGAAUUGAUUCUGUUUCCCAUAAGAUAAAAUUGUAGGAUACAUGUUUAAAUCCACUACAAUGUGACUGGGGUAGAGACUUAAAUUCGUAAAUUCUGUAAGUAUUUUCUAUUUUCUAUUCGUAGCUAUUGGCCAUAUCAUAAAACUUCUCUAAUAAGGUCUUUCCUACAGUCUUUUCUUGGUGUUUUAAACACAACCAUUAAACAGGACGUAAUUAAUUUACACUGGCUUCCGAUACCUAACAGCUGCAUUUUAAUGGACACUCAAAAAAUGGUUUGUCCUCAAGUGGGUGUGUUCCAAUAAAUCAAUUUUUGAGAUCUCAGAAAAAACACAUUUUUCCAAAGUUUAGAGCCAGUCUGUGAUAUGACCCAGGCAGAUAUGAGGAAAGAGGGAAUUGUCUUCCAUAAACUUCGGAAUGCAGGCUACUUGCUCCAUGAUUUGGGAGAAAACUGCUUGCAUAUGUGAGCACGGUGACAAUCAAACACAAAUUAAACUAGUUAAGUGAUGUCUUUAAAAACUACCACAUAUUUUAUGUGUCACUCUUCAAUGUGAGAGUUAGAUAGUUCAUCAUUCGCACCAUGUGCCCUCUGUGGAUGGUGAAAAGUUUAUUUGUUCAGUUCUGGUUUUGCGGUUCAUGUUUGGAGAAUGAUGGGAGUUUACCUUCCACUGACUUGGAUAUUUAUGAGGAUUUUAAAACAUGUGAUUUUCCCAUUUGCUCCUUUCCUCAUGGGUGUUUCAGGUAGUCUAAUACAUACUAUUUUAAAAUAUGUUUUUAUAAGAA